GUAUUAAAAGCCGUCACAUUCUCUUGGAUUUCCAAGAGCACCCUUCUAAAUUAUUUAAAAAAAUAAAAUAUUACUAUUUUCCUAUAAUAUUGUUUAAUCAAGAAUUAUACCUUUAUAUAUUGUAAGUCAGAAGAAUAAAAUAAUCCUUGAAUUAGUAUAGCUCAUGAUUUGUAAGUCACUCACUCUCACCCAUUUCACAUGCUUUCUCUCUCCUAAUUCCCUAUAUAAACCUUACCACUUACCCACCUCAUUUCAACAACAAAAACAUCAACAAACAUAGCAAAAAAACACUCACUACUACUCAAUAAUAAUACCUUCAACAACAAAAAAAUAAUUCAAACACCCUUUAUUGCAAAAAAGCGCAAUGGAUCAAAUGUUCAAUUUAGCAUACAUAGGAGAUAACGGAGAUGAUCUAUUAUCCCGUCGAUUCGUGUGGGUUAAUGGCCCCGUAAUAGUCGGGGCCGGCCCCUCGGGUUUAGCCGUCGGGGCUUGUUUAAAAGAACAAGGUGUACCAUUUGUUGUUCUAGAAAGAGCCGAUUGCAUUGCCUCGCUUUGGCAAAAACGUACCUACGACAGGCUUAAGUUACAUCUACCUAAACAAUUUUGUCAAUUGCCGAAAAUGCCCUUCCCUGAAUCUUUCCCCGAGUACCCCACUAAAAGGCAGUUUAUUGACUACCUUGAGUCUUACGCAAACCACUUCGAUAUUAACCCGCACUUCAAUGAGUGUGUUCAAUCCGCCAAAUUUGAUGAAACAUUCGGGCUUUGGCGGGUCAAGACUGUGGGCCAAGGCCCAACUGAGCCCGAAGUCGAGUACGCGUGCCGGUGGCUAGUAGUAGCCACCGGUGAGAACGCCGAGUGUGUGGUGCCCGACAUUGACGGGCUAGCAAACUUUGGCGGGAAAGUGAUUCACUCGAGUGAGUACAAGUCCGGAGACUCUUACUGCGGCCAGAAGGUCCUAGUGGUUGGGUGUGGGAACUCCGGGAUGGAAGUUUCCCUCGACUUAUCGAACCACAAUGCAGAACCCUCCGUGGUCUGCCGUAGCUCGGUUCAUAUUCUUCCAAGAGAAAUCAUGGGAAGAUCAACGUUCGAGCUAGCAAUGUUACUAAUGAAAUGGAUCCCUCUUUGGUUGGUUGAUAAAAUCAUGCUAUUUUUCGCAUGGUUUAUGCUAGGAGACAUGCGAAAAUUCGGACUCAAAAGGCCAAACAUCGGUCCACUCGAGUUAAAAAACAAGCAUGGGAAGACCCCUGUACUAGACAUCGGGGCCUUAGCGAAAAUUCGAUCUGGUGACAUCAAGGUUGUUCCUGGAAUCAAGAGUUUCUACGCCAAUGGUGUCCAACUCGUCGACGGCCAAACAUUAGAUGUUGAUUCAGUCAUUCUAGCUACCGGAUAUCGUAGCAAUGUACCUUCUUGGCUUCAGGAAGGUGAAUUUUUUAACAAAAAUGGAUUUCCAAAGACACCAUUUCCAAGUGCAUGGAAAGGAAAGAGUGGAUUAUAUGCAGUUGGAUUUACAAGAAGAGGAUUAGCUGGUGCUUCUUUUGAUGCUAUAAAAAUUGCACAAGAUAUUGGCAAAGUUUGGAAAGAAGAAACUAGGCAAAAAAAACUUACUGCUCCACGUCAUAGGAGGUGUAUCUCCACUUUCUAAUCAAAUCAAAAAAAUUAAAAAAACAAAAAAAAAAGUGAUGAAAAAUAUUUUUUUUUUUUGAGUGUGAAUAAUAUAAAAAAAAAUAUAUAUUAUGUAAAUAUGAAAAAAAGAAAAGAUAGGAAUUAGUGAGUAGCAAAGAAGGGGGGAGCCCUCUCCAGGAGCAAGAAGCCCAAAAAUUUUGAAACCUUACUAUAUUUGGGCAUUUUUGUAUACUUUUGGGAUGAAGAGGCUUUUUUUUUUUCAACUUCUAUUUUUGGGGUUUUGGUUAGUUCAUUCUUUUCUUCUUUCUUAGUUUGUAAUACCUUGUACAAUUACUUAGUUACAAAUGAAAUGAGAAAUUUUUGGUCCAUUCAUUUCAUAUAUAAUCUAAUCUCUUACUAAUUACUGAUUUUCGAUUAAUGAUGUUAAAAAAUAUUUCAUGGUUGUCCCGUUGUCUUAGGAAAUUAAGUUUUUUCUAUAUCGAUUUAAUAAUAGGGUUUCUAAACUCUGCUCUUUAAACUUUCACAUGAAUUUGCUGAACUUUAACUAGUUUUAUUUGUUAAUAAAAUGUACUUUCAUAAAUUAAAACUUAUCAUUUCAAAAUGAAAAGAAUAACCUUUAGUAAGAAUAGACAGAUGCAACGUGAUCAUUUGUGUGAACUUGACAGAACGAGAUUGUU